AUGUUUAGCAUUGUAGCUUAUAUUGAAACUGCACAAUUGGAUGGUGAAACUAAUCUAAAAAUUAGACAGGCAAAGCCGGAAACUUCUUUGCUCGAUUUUGAACGAAUGAAUCAUCUAAAUUUGGAAUUAGAAUGUGAACAUCCAAAUCGAAAAGUUAAUGAAUUUAUUGGGACAUUACAUUUUGGCAAUGAUCGAUUACCUCUAAAUAUUACUCAAUUUUUAUUGCGAGGAGCUAAACUUAAAAACUGUAAAUGGGUUUGUGGAGUUGUUGUUUAUACAGGCCAUGAAUCUCGUCUUUUAAUGAAUUCAGCAGCAGCUCCCAUAAAAACGUCAGGCAUCGAUGUUCUAACAAAUCAAAGGAUUCUGUUUCUUUUUUUCUUGUUAAUUAUGAUUACUGUUGUGAGUGUUAUUGGUUCGGAAUUUUUUAAUUGGAUUUUGGGCAAGAGUUUUUAUAUUAAUAUGUUUGAACGUUGGUCUUUCCUUUGGAAUGCUCUUACAUUUUUUAUACUUUACAAUAAUAUUAUUCCAAUUAGUCUUCAAGUUACUUUAGAAGUUGUACGAUUUUUCCAAGCUGGAUAUAUUAAUCAGGAUUUAAAGAUGUAUGAUGAAAAUGUUGACAUCCCUGCUAAUGCUAGAACUUCUAAUUUAAAUGAGGAAUUAGGCCAAAUUAAAUAUUUAAUGACUGAUAAAACUGGAACGUUGACAAGAAAUGUUAUGAAAUUUAAAAGAUGUCAAAUUGACGGAAUAGAUUAUGGGGACGAUAAUCAUGAUGAAUUUUCUGAUGGUAAUCUUUUAAAGGAUUUGUCUGACGGAAAGGUAUUUUUAAUUUGA